GGUCACAAGCUCUGAAAGUCUAUGACUUGGCAUUUACAGUAAUUUACAGGGGGGAUCAACACCUAAUUGCCAGCAAUUAUUAGAUAUAUCACGAUAUGGCAGAGCCACCAAGAAAGUCGAGGCGUUUAGCAAGUAAACGACCGGCACCACAUAACAUUUCAAGUCCAAGUAAUCACACUCAAACCAUACAAGCUGUGGUUGAAGAUCCGGGGGUACAAUUCCAUAAUCAAGUCCAACAGCAAAUAAGGGCCGCCAUUCCAGACAUAACUAACUCAGUAAUCGCAGCACUUAAGGCCCAAGGAGUCAUUCCCAUGCCUCAACUAGUACAACAAUCUGAAACUCCCCCAAUACCUUCAACAUCAGUGGAAGUCAGUCCACAACAAACACCUGUAACAUCAGCUUCCUCUGAUUUAAGCACAGAGACAGUAGUAACUUGUUCCACGGCUGGUUCGACCCAGAACUCCAACAUGAAUGACAGUUUAACACAAUUUUUGAACACAGGUAAUAAUAAUGCACAACUUGAUCAGCAGUCUGUAGAAUUGGAAACAACUGCUUCAUGUAUAAAUUUUUCAAGUCCGAGUAUUUCAAAACCGCUGGCAUUGGGGGUUGAUCCCAAAAUUAAAGCGAAGAUUUGGGCAAACGAAUAUAUUGAUCUAGGGAGUUUAUUAAACAAAAAAUUUCCUAAGGUACGUUUUCAGGUCAUUGAAUCCCAACAGGGGGGGAUAAGUUGGGAGAAACAACCACCUCCAAAAUAUCGUUUUGAGUCUGUGGCACACUGGCUGUCUGCCUUCCAUAUAUUUGUUAGUAUUUAUUGUGAAAAGUACCCAGACCAAGCUUGCGCCUUAAUGAAAUAUGCAAAUACAAUUCAAACAUUAGCAAGAAGGUCAGGUGAUAUUGCAGCUUUUAAUUAUGACCGUACCUUUCGGGAAUGGCGCGAGCAUGAUUGGAAAAAAUUACCCUGGGAUCAGGUAAACAAUGAACUAUACACAGAAUCUGUGUCCUUGGGGAUUACAGCUAAAUUCAAUUCCCUGAAGGGUACCGGCCAAAGCCAAAACAAGUCAAGUCUUAGUCGGGGGCCGCCCUUUCUCUCUGCUGGAGUUCCAUUGCGGAACUCCAGGAGAGGGCUCUAUUGCUACAGUUACAACAACAAUGGCGAGUGUGAGCGAGGGCCAGACUGUAGAUACCCCCAUGUCUGUGAAAAAUGUGGAGGUAUGCACAGCAAGAAAGAAUGUAAAACCCAGUCUCACAAAAGAAAAAGGUCAGAUGCAGGGUCAAACCUUGACCAAAAAAGGCCAAGUGGAUCGAAGAGCACUCCCACAAAAUAG